UGAGCGUGUAGUGUUUUUGUUGACUUUUCUUCAGUGACAAAGUAUUUGAUCGAAUUGAUUUUGGGAAUUUAUCGGAAAAUUUAGAUUAGAUUUACAAUGGCAGACCCAACAGAACAUCUUCUGGCAUUGAAAGUAAUGCGCCUGACACGCCCAACACUGGUGAGUUCUCAGAUCGUGACAGCAGAAGCAAAAGAUUUGCCACAGAACACAUUCGAUAAAGUUCUAAAAGGCACUGCCACGACAGUCCAUGGCAGUGAAACACUGGCCGCAGGUCAACUGAUGCUGUUACCUCAAAGUUUUGGCAAUAUAUACCUAGGUGAAACGUUUUCCAGCUACGUGUGCGUGCACAACUGUCGCGCUCAUCCUGUGAGUAAUGUCACGGUGAAAGCGGAUUUGCAGUCCAACAACACCCGGAUCAGUUUGCCAAUCCAUGCGGACAAGCAAGGACCACUAACAUUACAUCCCGAUGAAACACUAGACGAUGUGAUACAUCACGAAGUUAAAGAAAUCGGAACGCAUAUAUUAGUAUGCGAGGUAUCUUAUUUAUCUGCAGCAGGACUAGAGGCUUCAUUCCGCAAGUUUUUCAAAUUUCAAGUGGUCAAGCCAUUGGAUGUCAAAACCAAAUUUUACAAUGCUGAAACAGAUGAAGUCUAUUUAGAGGCACAAAUACAAAACAUUACUGUCGGGCCAAUUUGUUUGGAGAAGGUCGAGCUGGAAAGUUCAGAGCAGUAUACUGUGGUUUCCUUGAAUAAGUUACCAUCGGGGGAAUCUGUGUUUUCGCAAAGGACGAUGCUUCAACCCCAAAAUAGCUGUCAAUUUUUGUAUUGCAUCAAACCUUUGCCGGAAAUUAUGAACGAUCCUAAAGCAUUGAAGGCUGCCAAUAACAUUGGCAAACUGGAUAUUGUAUGGCGAUCAAAUUUGGGAGAGCGUGGUCGUCUGCAGACGAGUCAGCUUCAACGUAGUCCCAUUGAAUAUGGUGAUCUAAGGUUGACGGUUAUUGAAGCCAAUAGCACAGUUAAAAUCAGCGAUGGUUUUGACUUUAAAUGCCGUGUCACGAACACAAGUGAACGAUCGAUGGAUUUGGUGAUGAACCUGAAUACCAAGGCGAAAAUGGGAUGCGGCUACACUGGACAAACUGAAAUUGCGUUAGGAACUUUGGAACCAGGGAAGUUUAUCGAUUUCAGUCUUACCGUGUGUCCGGUACGAUUAGGAUUAAUCACGAUUAGUAAUCUGCAGCUGACGGAUGUAUUCAUGAAACGAAAGUAUGAAUUUGAUGACUUUGUGCAGGUAUUUGUUGUCGACGAAGAUUAUGAGGAGAAUGAUUUUCAAUUGGACAAGUACGUGCGAUAUAGCAUUCCACAAUCAGUCUAGGACGACUUGGUUCAGUUUACUAAAAUAAGUUUUAUUUAUUCAAGUAUAAACAAAAUCGUUACAGAAAGAAAUAAAAGUAGUCACAAAAAGCUUCCUGUCAUCAGAUUCAGGAAAA